AUGACCGGUAUUGAGUACCACCUCCGAGCUGAUAUUGAGCAAUGGAAGGCACACAAAAUUGUCCCCUUCUUCAUCUUCGACGGCCAGUCUGUGACUGGUCAGGAGGAGGUUGCUGUGCAGCGAGGCAAGCUCGCCAACCAGAAGACAAAUGAAGCUUGGAAGUUAUACUUCAACAGUGAAGCGCAGAAGGCCGUUGAUGCUUUUGGUGCGAACAGCGGCGCCUUCCGCAUCCAAAACCUGUACCCCUUGCUCAAGUCGAUUCUGAAGGACAACGAUCUCCACUUCCUUGUACCCCCAUACAAUGCCUCUGCCCAGCUCGCAUACUUUGACAUGAUCGACUCUGACCAAUGCGCUGCCGUGAUGGGCUCACAAGAGUUGCUUCUUUAUCCUAUCAAAGAUACCUUGAUCCGUACAAUAGACUGGGAAGCGAAAAGUGUCACGUCACUUUCCAAGAAGAACCUGCUUCGGUCACUCAAUAUCAGCGAAAGUAUGCUAAACGACGCUCUGUUGAUGACAGGAACCUCCUUCUUAUCCCCGUUCCCUCCACUUCAGGAUGUAUCACUCAACCCGCGCCAGCCGUUCACUAUCAACGACGCCGUAAACCUUCUUAGAGCGUCUGAGAAGUCUGUCCAAUCCGCUUGCAGCUCGUAUGGCGACAUCCUUAAGUCCAAGGACCCCAAUUGGUUGGACAAGUAUAGGCAAGCCAGAAUGGCCAUCAACCACUUCAUCUACAUCUCAGAAGAGGGCGAGGUCAAGGUCAACGAUUAUGAGCACAUUACGAGCGACAAUCACGAGUACCUUGGCCUUCAGCUACCUGGGGAGCUGUUCCACUACCUCAACACCGGGUUGAUUGGUGCUCGUGUUCUCGACUAUAUAACACAUAGCCGAAUCGUUGUGACGCCGACUCUAGAUGGCGUUGCCUCGGAACAGUAUAAGAAGUUGAUCACGAACCAGCUUGUACCCCUCAAAGAGCAAAGCAUCGCCCUUCUCAUUCCUAGGCUGCAUCGUGGCCUCCAGCACAACCCCAUUUUUGUCAAGGUCUGGUUCGAUGACAGCUUUUCUUACAAGAUCAACAAGUCACUCCAACCAUCUCCCUCUCAACGUGCUGCCACCUGGGAUGUGAAGGAAAGUUCUUUCAAGACUGUUGACAACAUCGACGACCCACCCGGUUCCAUCGCCUUCGAAUUUUCGGCACUGCUGUUCCCCGAUUUCGUCAAGGCGACUUUUCCGAAGGACAAGAAGCGCAUCAAUGGCAUUGACUCGGUUCAGAACAUCGCGGCUGUAUCUAUUUGGCGAUUCCUUCAUCUUCGCGGUUACGUCGACGAUUCGCAUACGCUCACUAACUGGGGCAAUGCUGUCGCCAGCGCAAUUUGGGCUAUGAAGGAUUUCCUCAAGGAUACUCAGCUUCCUGAAGGCCUCAACAUCUUUGAGGCUAUCCUGACUGCAUUUGAGCUCAUUAGGUUUGAUGUGCUCAAUUCACGGCACAGACAUGAGGAGCUUAAUGGCGCGCCUAUUGCUGGCAGUGACGAUGAUAAGGCUAGCAUUAUCCUCAUCAGUCGAUGUGCUUCGCUCCUUAAACUUCGACAUGAAUCCAACGGGUACACUGGCCCGCUCAACAAGAACCUUCUCUUGUUCCGAUCUUUGUCGACCGCGGUUCGUGAAGCCGACCGCGAUCUUAUUGAGGCGAUUGUGGCGUCCAUGUUCCUAUACGCCCAGUCUAAGAGAGACAGAGACGACUACUUGGAGAUCAACACCACGUUGCCUUUCCUCCAUAGUCCAGACAUUGCUCUGGGCAUCGCUGUGAAGACGCUCAUGGAUGAGCUCCCUGCGGGCGAGAGCAAGGAAAAGCGCCAAACCAGAAUUGACGACUUCCCCGGGAAGUUCUUCCCGUACGCUACCAACUUCAAGGAUGAUGUACAACUGGCAUUUGCCUUCUUCGACGCGAUUCAUAAGGGCGUUCAGACCUUGAACAAGGAGGUCUCGACGGCCGACAAAGCCGUGUGGUCGACGGCGAGCAAGUACUUAGAUCAGAGGCGGUUCUAG